CCGCACCACACCUGGCGACGCGAGGCGUUUGGUGUUCCCCAGCAGGCCAAGCACGGCCACUGCAGCUCCGGCUCCGCGUCCAUGCCACUCGCUGUCACUCGCUGCCGGCGAAGAGCCCCCUGCGUUUGAUGGUGUGCGAGGACUGCGGCAUGUUCGGCAACCUGCUCGAGAGGGUCCGCGCCCUCUUCCGGCAUGGCGGCGCGGGGCCGCCGCACGGCCGCCACUUCUACCCCGCCGACGUGCUGCCCAAGCCGCCGCGGUACCCGUACGGCACCCGCGGCCGGGGCAGGGCCUUCAACGACUUGGACGGCGAGCUGGUGGACCCGAGGGCGGGCAGCGCGCUGUCCGUCGUGGCCGUGGUGAGCGUGGACCUGUGCCUGGCGGAGAACGGCGCCAUCCACAACACGGCGCGCUUCGAGCUGAUGGAGCGGCCGCGCGACGCCAGACUGGUGGUGCGGCGCGGCCAGGCCUUCGCCCUGGCGCUGGGGCUCAGCAGGCCCUUCCAGCGCCACCGGGACGCCGUCAGCUUCAUCUUCUCCGUCGCUGACUCGGACAAGAACAGCUUCGGCCAGGGCACCCUGGUGGCCGUGCCGCUGCUGGAGAAGAUCGCCGACUCGCCGGCCGAGUGGAGCGCCGUCCUGGACGCCACCGAGGGCAACUACAUCCGCGUGCUGAUCACCCCCGCCGUGACGUGUAUCGUGGGCGAGUGGAAGAUGGAGGUGGACACCAAGCUGCAGGGCGACGGCGCGCUCAGCUACUCGCUGCCCGGCGGCAUCUUCAUCCUCUUCAACCCUUGGUGCCCAGAGGACCAGGUGUACCUGUACGGCGAGGACCUGCGGCAGGAGUACGUGCUCAACGACUCGGGCCUCAUCUACCGCGGCUCCUACAACCGCAUCCGGCCCAGCGUCUGGAAGUUCGCGCAGUUCGAGCGCGACGUGCUGGAGUGCACGCUGUACCUCGCCGCCAGCGUGGGCCGCCUGUCGCCGCCCAGCCGCGCGGACCCCGUCAAGACGGCGCGGGCGCUGUCCGCCGCGGUCAACUCGCCGGACGACAACGGGGCCGUGAUGGGCAACUGGACGAGCGAGUUCGAGGGGGGCACGCCGCCCACCAAGUGGGUGGGCUCCAUGAAGAUCCUGCAGACCUUCCACAAGACCCACAAGCCCGUCAAGUACGGCCAGUGCUGGGUCUUCUCCGGCGUCCUAGGCACCCUGUGCAGGGCGCUGGGCAUCCCCUGCAGGGUCAUCACGUGCUACGCCAGCGCCCACGACACCCAGAACAGCCUGACGGUGGACUACUUCGUCAACGACGCGGGCAAGGUCAUGGAGGAGCUCAACAGUGAUUCCAUCUGGAACUUCCACGUCUGGAACGAGGUGUGGAUGCAGCGGCCCGACCUGGAGCCCGCGCCGCAGUACGCUGGCUGGCAGGUGAUCGACUCGACGCCGCAGGAGCUGAGCGACGACAUGUACCGCUGCGGCCCCGCGUCCGUGGCGGCGGUGAAGCGCGGCGAGGUGCUGCGUCCCUACGACGCCAACUUCGUGUACGCCGAGGUGAACGCCGACAAGGUGUUCUGGAAGUACGCCGGCCCCACGCAGCCCCUCAAGCUGCUGCGGAAGGACACCCUGGGCAUCGGGCUGCUCAUCAGCACCAAGGCGGUCGGCAAGUGGACGCGGGAGGACGUCACGCACACCUACAAGUACCCCGAGAAGAGCGACGAGGAGAGGUCCACGAUGCUGAAGGCGCUGGCGCAGAGCGAGUCGCUGUUCAGUCGCUACUACCUCAACGAGGACUUCAACGACCUCCAGUUCGACUUCCAGCUCCGCGACGACAUCGUCAUCGGCCAGCCCUUCUCUGUGGUGGUGCUGAUGAGGAACCGCAGCCGGCGCGAGGACUACUCCGUGACGGUGGUGCUGCGCGUGGACACGGUGCUGUACACGGGCCGCGUCAAGGAGCCCGUCAAGAAGGAGCGGUCCGCGCACAAAGUGCGCGCCGGGACGGAGGAGGAGGUGCGGCUCGACGUGUCCUGGGAGGAGUACGCGCCGCGGCUGCUGGACCAGGCCGCCUUCAACAUCGCCUGCCUCGCCACCGUCCACGAGACCGACUACGAGUACUUCGCGCAGGACGACUUCCGGGUGCGCAAGCCCGACAUCAAGAUCCAGCUCGAGAGCCCGCCCGUCACGGACCGCGAGCUGAUGGCGUCCGCGUCCCUAGUCAACCCGCUGCCCAUCGCGCUCAAGCGCGGCCAGUUCAUCAUCGAGGGCCCCGGCGUGGACAAGCAGCUCAAGAUCGACAUGGCGCAAGCCAUCCCGCCCAACGGCACCGCCACCGUGUCCUUCCGCAUGGUGCCCAGGGUGCCCGGCAAGGCCACCAUCGCCGCCAAGUUCGUGUCCAAGCAGCUGGACGACGUGGACGGCUUCCUCGAGUUCAUGGUCUCCCUCAACCCGGACACCCUGGCGUAGGCGACGCGGCGGCGCACCCAUAUACCCCUGCCAUUUUCUUGUCGUUUUAGAUGUUUAGUUGUUUAGCUCCAAUUCGUCAUUAUUUAAUUAUUCGUGUACGUAAUAGAGAGUAAGGUUUACAAACUGCGUUUGCAAUUUUUUCGAAAUGACAUUUUAUCUGCCAUUUGUUGUCACCACUGUGUUUUUUUACCUUUAUAGAUGAAUUAAGAACGUUAGAAAUAAAGUAUAAUUUAAAUAAGCUACAA